AAAGCUGAGUGUUUUGAAUGGGAAGCAGGAGCAGGCGCUGGAGUCACUUCAGCUCUGUCUGAAGCUGCAGGAUUCACGCAGUAGAGAGGAGCUCCGCAGGCUACUGCGCUUUAUGGCACUCGCCGCCAGCCCUCAGGAGAUCAAACUACACAAAGAGAUAGAGAACCGAAUGGCAGUGAAGAGGGCGUUCUCCAAUGCUAUUGUGUAUGGGACUAAACUAGCCAAGGGGAAGGUUGAUCUUCUGGUUCUUUUCAUGACGGACAAGCACCAUGACCUCUUCAAGAUUCCCGUCACAUUGCACAAACUUGUAAGUGAUAAACUGGCCAGUAUCAUCAAAGGAACAGAUCCCAAUCUCAUCACAGGAACAACGUACUGUCGCCGUCUGACUGGAAAAGAUUACCUGGAAACAGUUCAGAAAACUACCAGAGAGGAGCUGUGGACGUUACUGAAAACUAUUCAUGAGAACUCGAAGCUCUCUCUGAAAGAGAAGCGCCGUCUGCUCGGACAGUUCUACAAAGGACAUCCUGAAAUAUUUGUACAAUAUUUUGGCAACAGAAUAUCCGAUGCUUAUAUUUAAAGGAUCUUCAUUUAAUAUUAUACUGUAUAAUACUGUAUGUAAAAAGUAUCUUGUAUGUUGUAAAUAUGUACAUAUUAUAGAAAAACUGAAUACUACUCUUAUGUCUGUAUUGAUAAGGGAAUGGGAUUUGUUGGACAAUAAACACAUUUU